AGCCACCGUACGUCACCCUCCAAGAUGCUGACACUGCUUCUCCUGUCAUUCCUCUGUGCAGGAGCAUCUGAUGUUUCAGCCCAGGCAAGGACCUCUGCCUCUUACUCUGGAGAAUUUGGAAGUGACGCCGGGAGCCAUUUUGACCAAUCGGAUCAUGAGCCGGAGGGUCCCAUUACAGGCUUGAGGAUAAGAUCUAAUGACAGAUAUAUUGUAAGCAUCCAGGUUCGCUAUGGAGACUCCUGGUCCAACACUGAAGGAGGCCUGGUGGGCAGCCCAGCCAACGUCCGGCUCUUCCUCGGAGAGGGGAUCAUCCAGGUCUUGGGCCGUUUUGGAAGCCACGUGGAAUAUCUCGCCCUCCGCACCAACCAAGGCCGCAUCUUUGCCUUUGGACCCAGCUUCGGCCCAGGGACCUUCUUUACUGCAGAGCCUUCAUUCCCAAACAUGGUUUUGCGUUCUGUCAGCGGCCGUUCAGGGUCUUCAGUCGAUGCCAUCGGGUUCCACUGGGACAUGGAACCAUAAAUUGCAA